UGAACGUUUGAAUCAAGUGAUAUGUCCCACGUGAAACUGAAAGUAUCCUAGCUGAUCAGUCAUCAGGACAUUUGCAGAGAGAAAUCAGAAACAGGGAAGAGUACUUGCGGGUGUAUGAAAAGGGCUUAAAAGUGAAACUAGGACAUCGACUUGAAAAAAUAGCGGUAAUUAGCUACCAAAUGCGAACGAGGAACUCGUAGUUAGAUACCCAAACAAAUAAAAAAAUCCUCAAAAUUUUGAAGAAGUUUUAAAUAAUUCCCACUUAUAAUACCAUAAACAUUGCAAAGUGGUCAUUAAUGGAUCAUGCAAGUGGCUUUUACCUUUCUGUUCUGUUUAUCUCCAACCAAGUGUGAAAAUGAUGUUCCACACGAAAAAUUAUGAGCGAAAAACGAAUUUUAAUUUUUGUGCACGCAGUUAGCGUUGCAUUUUCGAUCGAAUACGAAGAAACAUCGAAAUGCGAUCAAAAUAUUACCUAAUUUUCCUGAUUUCGGCCUCAGCUAUCUUAGCUAGGAAGAUAAACUGCUUGUGUUGGACCAGCAAUAGUUUUCAUCAUGGACAAAGAAGCGGAUAUGUCAGUAUAAAGACAACCGCUGCAAACGGCACCUAUUUAGCUUUCGACGUUGAUCUAUUUCAUUCUUACACUAACCCUACAUGGAACAUUGAAUUAUUCAGAUGGAGUUCGACACGUGGGUUUAAUACGCUUUUCAAUUCAUCAAUCCGAGUUUGUGAAAUGCAACGAUUUUCAGCUCGGAAUCCGUUUAUGAAGGGAUUCGUGAAGGUUGUUUUGGAAUUAUCUAAUUUUACCCUGACAUGCCCGCUGCCUGCCAAUAGAUAUUAUAUUCGCUUGAGUGCCGAUAGUGUCCCGAAGAUUUUCCCAAUGUAUGCGCUUUUCCAGCCGAAUGCACGUUUUCAUCUGCAGAACCGAUUUUACGAACAAAACCCUAGAGGAAACUACACACUUUUGGCGGAGCUAGUUAUAAAUUUGAUCCUGCGAUCUGAUUGCUGAAAACAAUCUAGGUGUCUAGCAUGAAGAAUCUGCGCGGCAUACAUUGUAACAAUUAGGUAUCCAGACAUUUACUAUGUAAUGCACAUACAUAUAUCCGUUUUUUAUGAGCGAAUAAAGGAAAAUUAAAACAUAAGAAAAUAUAAGGAAAA